AUGGGUUCUGAUUCAAAAUCGCAUGAUGACACCGAGCAGAAGAAUAGUUGUGAAGUGAUGUCUAAGGUGUUGGUUCCUGAAAAGAAUGAUUGUGAAGUGAUGUCUAAGGUGUUGGUUCCUGAAAAGAAUGAAUGCGAAGUGAUGUCUAAGGUGUUGGUUCCUGAAAAGAAUGAUUGUGAAGUGAUGUCUAAGGCGUUGCUUCCUCAAGACUUGAUGCUUUAUAUAUUUCAUUUGGUUCCUAUUUAUUGCCUUAUCGACUCUGCAAGGUAUGUUUCCAAACAUUGGGCCGCCACUUUUAAUCAACUCGACUCACGCCGUGUGCGUUCUACGACUGGUAUUUUCGUUGAAAACCCCUAUUUCCCACGCGAUUCAUAUUUCUUGGAAUUCAAAGAUGACGCAUUUGAAACCAUUUCUUUACCAACACCUCCAAAUAUGGGAUAUUUAAUAGGUACUUGUAAUGGCAUUUUCAUGUUUUCGACUCCAGACAAAGACAUGAUUUAUCUUGCAAACCCCAUCCUCAAGUGUUGGCUUAGACUUGCUCCUUUUCCCAUCUCUCGAUCAACUAUAAAUUUUAUGAAUCAAUGUACUAUAGCAUGUGUUCCUCGUACUGCUAAAUUCAAGGUUUUCUUUCAAGAUAUCGUUGUUUCGGAUGCUCCUUCCUAUUCCUAUUCCUAUGUUUUCUAUGUGCUAAGAGUUGGAAUAGAUAACUCAUGGAAAGAGAUUGCCAGAAAAGAAGCUCCCCGUAAUGGCCAUAUAUCAUGGAAACCACUUUAUAGUGGAGGCAAUCAUCUGUAUUGGAUAACAUCAGAGGGAAUUAUUGUCUUCCAUGUUGACAAGGAAAUUAUUGUGCGAGAAUAUCCACUUUGCCUUCCUCUUAGACCCAAACCAAACUAUUUGUGGACCGGUAAUCACAUUGCUUGCAUUGCGACUAAAAGUUGUUGCAAAGCAUAUCAAAUCCACAUUCUGGAUUUUGAUUCUGGAAAAUGGUCUCUUUAUCAUGAGACCGGACCAUUUGAUUAUACCACUCCACAACUGAAAUUCCUAUUGUGGAUCAAUCAUCAAAUUAUCUUUAUAGUCGCUCUAUCAGAACAAUACAUACAUUUUGCUUACAAUGUCAACACCAAACAAUUUACAAAGAUCGACCACAUUGCCGUCCACCCCUCCCAUCACGUAUGGCUUCACACUAAUACUCUUGUUUCUUUGCCAUAA